AUUUAAUGGCGUCAGCAAAGAAGGCGACAAGCUUGUGCAACCGGAUCUUGCAAAACUUCUGGAAGACAUUUCAAAGAAAGGCGCAGAACAUUUCUACACUGAAGUCGGCAAAGAUAUUGUCAGCGGCCUUGGAACAGAUGCCGUGUUGACCAAGGACGACUUCAAAAACUACAAACCUACCUGGUCUCUGCCAGUGGAGUCAAAAUAUUUUGUCUACAGGUUUUACGCUCCACCGUUUCCAUCCAGUGGUGUGUUGUUCCUCGCAGCGAUUCCAACAGGAGUGCUCAAACUUUCACAGACGCUGAAGCAAGGUGAAGGUAAACUUUCUGAACUCGAAGAACGUCUUUUUGAGAGCAUAGACUCCACCAAAUUGAAGAAGAGAAUGAGCAGCGUGCUUGCAAAGUUACCAGACAUCGAUGCAGAAGCACCCGACAAAGGCUUUCCGGAGCUUGUGAAAGAAAUACAGGACAGCGUUUCGUCUCGAAAGACGACUACGAACUCACUGCACAAGAUUGUUCCAGACUACGGGGGUGUCCACCUGUCCAUAAUCAAGGGUUUCGAAGCCGUGACUAUCAUAUCCGGCAUCAACGAACCGUUUGGAAGCAAGAAGGCUUCAGUACCAGGCCUUAUCAUGAACAACUACAUGAGCGCGUUCGCAACGACAGCCGGUGUCCCAAAUGCACUGAAAAGCGGCAGCCAGCCCAGGACAUCCAUGGUCGCCGUGUUCGCCAAGCACAAAGACGAGCGAGUCCUCCGCAUGCAGGCGGGGGCCGGAGGAGGAUUACCUGGAAUGUGGGCUUUGGCUGAGGUCCUAAACUGCAUCUAUGAUCACAAUGUUUCUUCCUGCGUCCGGUCGGCGACUAGAACCCUUCCCACACCUGCCAUGACCUCAGACAAGGAUCCCGACAUUGAGCCCACGGCGAGUGGAAUAUUCGCCAAGCAGCCCCUUGUGUCCUGGCUCGCCCCGAACGACAAUGUGCACUGCGAUGGCACCAGUGACGGUGUGAAAGCAACUCUGGCGAUGAAGUUGGACUACUGCAAGAGGACCGAAAAUUGUGGCAUAUAGUGCCUGUAAUACAAAUAACAUGCUACAAAGGCGCAAAAAUAAAAUAACAGAGAGAGAGAAAGA